UACGGAGACAGAGAGAGGGACGGAAAUGUCGAACUCUUUGCUCUCGGAUUUGGCGCAUUUUGUGAGGAACUGAUGGGCUGAAGAACACGUUUCCCCAAUAAUGGGACGUUUAGUCAAAACAAUUUAAUGGCAAUAUUUGAGACAGCGCUACCCAUCCUCAGGGAACAGAAAUGGUGUACAAACUUCUGCUACACAUCGCUUUAGCAGCAAGCCUCAUCUCACCUGAGCUGUCAGGUGCCUCAGCUACCAAAACAAAAGCUCAAGUAAAGAACAACUCAGGUGUGACACCGGCUGGGCAGUGUGGGACCUGGAUAAAGGAGCCAGAAGGAGGGUAUUUCACCUCACCCAACUACCCUGAGAAAUAUCCACCUGAGAGGGAAUGUGUCUACAUUAUAGAAGCCUCUCCCAGACAGUGCGUCGACUUAUUCUUUGAUGAGAAGUAUUCCAUAGAACCAUCCUGGGAGUGUAAGUUCGACCACAUCGAGGUCCGCGAUGGGCCUUUUGGUUUCUCACCCAUCAUCGGUCGCUACUGUGGGCAGGAAAGCCCAGCAUAUGUCCGCUCCAGUGGGAGGUACCUGUACAUCAAGUUUGUGGCAGACAGUGAACUGGAGGCCAUUGGUUUCUCUGCCCGGUAUAACUUCACACAAGAUCCUGAGUUCAAAGAUCUUGGGGAACUGCCAGCUCUGCCAUUUUGUGAGUUUGAGCUGAGCGGUCCAGAAGGCUUUGUGGAAUCCACCCAGAUAGCCGGAGAGGGCCGGGCGCUGCAGACUGAGGCUGUAGACUGCAGGUGGUACAUCAGGGCUCCACCAAGAGCUAGGAUCUACAUGCGUUUUCUAGAGUAUGAGAUGCACAACUCCAAUGAGUGCAAACGUAACUUUGUUGCCAUCUACGACGGCAGCAGUUCGGUUGAGCACCUGAAGAAUAAGUUCUGCUCCACGGUGGCCAACGAUGUCAUGCUGGUGUCCUCUGUAGGGGUGGUGAGACUGUGGGCAGACGAGGGAAGCAGGAAGAGCAAAUUCAGGAUCCUCUUCACAACCUUCCAUGAACCUCCGUGUGAAGGAGAAACUUUCUUUUGCCAUAGCAACAUGUGCAUCAACAACACCCUUGUCUGCAACGGUAUCCAGAACUGUGUUUACCCAUGGGACGAGAAUCACUGCAAAGAGAAGAGGAAAGCCAGUAUCCUGGACACGCUGGAUCACACUAACCUCACUAUCAUUGGAAUCACCUGUGGCCUGGUUGUCAUCCUGCUCAUCAUCUCUGUCAUCAUCCAGAUCAAACAGCCUCGCAAGAAAUACAUCAUCCGCAGAGAUGACUUUGACCCUGCACUCCUCCACCCUGGUUUUGAGCCUCCUCACUACGAGCUUUGCACUCUGCGGCACGCCCCAUCCGGCGACCUGACUGAUGCCGCACUGGCCGAGGACUUUGAGAAGUUCCACAAGCUCCGCCGCUCCUCCUCCAAAUGCAUCCGCGACCACCAUUGUGGCUCUCAUCAGGGGAGCGUGCAUGGCAGUGUCCACGGCAGCCGCAGCAACCUGAGCAUGAGAGACGCUACCAUUGCAGCCGACGGGGGGGUUCUCGUGCCACCGCUGCCACCGGUGAUGGUGAGCCAGCAGUCACCGCGCCUCUCCCACCACACCACACCAGCAGCUCGAAGGAGCAUCCUGGUGAUGAAGCACAGCUAUUCUCAGGAUGGGGCAGAGGGGUACAGGGCGGAGGAGGAGGAUGAUUUGAUGAUGAAUGAUGCUCCCACCACCAGCCAGCACCACAUGCACCACUAUCAGAUCCACCAUGGCACGUCAGGGCUGGACCACACUGUCCACCGUACGCUGUCUAAUGACUUCUAAUGUAAGGCAACGUUGAAAUAAGAAAACAUAUAGUUGAGGUUAAAAUCUCAGACUUCUAAACUCCUUUUUAGAAAAAAAUAGAUUUCUGUUGUAUUUCUAGAAAUGAAUGCUGAUCUUUACAGCUCUUGUUAGUGUUUCUUGGUCUCAUAUUCCAAAAUCAAUGGAAGUUUUACAUUGUAUACAACAGAGUAUAGGAGCUUGUGAAAGACAUCAAGAAAUCAAGGUCAUCAUAGAACAUAUAUACAAAUAUUUAAAUUUAGAAUAGAAUUAAAUAAAAAUUAAAUAAAUAAAACAAUAUGUACAGUUAUUUAUAUACAUAUACAUGUACAUGGUCCGCCUGUCGAGUGCAAUAGCUUGAUCCAGGACGUUGUGAUUGAGCCAGGUCUCUAAGAUGUGGGCACAACAGUCUCUUAUUUCAUACUAGCAAUUAUAAUAAAAAUACCCCUCUGCCAAAGAGUUUAGCAGCAACUGUUGUACAUCUUGAAUAUUACACUGCUGUGGAAAUGUGACCAUGCAUGGGAGUGGCAGGGAUAUAAACUGUCAGGAUUUGACAGGAAUGGAUCAAAGAGGGAUUUCUAACCACAGGUUAAUUGAAUUCCCACCCGUUCUAAUGCAUCACAUCUCCUUAUUUUCCUUUUUUUUUUGUUCCUUGAAGUUUUAACUCUGGGGUAGAAUAUAUUUAUGACUGCAUCAUAUUUGAGAUUAUUUUAUGAAUCAACAGUUGGUGCGUUGUAGUGUUUCCUAUGUGUUUCCAUUAAGGGAACCAAAGCAAGCAAAAUGUCACAACUGUUUAGGCUAUUCCUGUUCCUCCAACAAACAAGCUGUUUUUGUGUUGAGCACUGGUCCAGAAUCAAAUAGGAAGACAUUCAACCAGAUGUUAUCAAGGACAGCAUAUAAUGGAAACAUAUUAGUCAUAUCAGUGAAGUCAGCACAUAAAGAAGCAUGCUUCAUGCAAAGUACUGUUUAGCAAAUAUUAAACCCAGAGGGCUUGAAACAUAUUUUCUGAUGCUGUGUAUUUGAUACAUUAUUUAAUUAUUUGUUUGUGUUUGUUUGGGAGUAUUUAUUGAUGUUUAUUUAUGUGUAUCAGUUUUUUCAAUUUGGUUUUGUCCCCUUUUCUGGCUGAUUUAUUUCUGUUGAUUAUAUGACUCUAUUUAUUUAUUCAUUAAAUAUCUUCCUUUUCCUUUA